ACGGGCCAACCCCAUCCACUCCUUUCCUCCCACCCGCCAGCCGUCACCCGCACGUGCAGCCAGCUUCCCUGCUACCCCCGCGCGCCGCCAGCCGAGCGGACGCCGGCCCUGCCCCGCACGCCGGCACGCGGCACGCGCAGCCAGCUGCCCCACACGACGCCGGCCGCCCUCGCACUCCCCACCGCGCUACCCGGCAGCCCCGCGCUACCCGCUCCUCGCUCGGCGUCCUUGAUUCCCACCGCACGGCGGCCCUUCUUCUGCCACCGCACACCGCGCAGGAGCACUGCCCUUCGCCCCUUGUUUAGCUGCAGCAGGAGCGCCGCCCAGCCGGCCACCACCACCGCAGCUUGAGAGUUGAGACCUGCAGUUGACGACCAGAGGCCAGAGGGCGUUGCUGCGCUGCGUUCCGCUCUCCCUUUUCUGCUGCGACGACGGCUGGUCGAGCGCCGCCACACUUUGCAGCUUCCUUGGCUCUUCGCAGGUGACGAGCGCCCACCAGUCAGACAUGGGACAAGGUGGACAAGAGAAGUCGUUCAAUUUCCUUCAAGUUUUGCUAGAGGGCAGCAUAGCUGGAGGAACUGCUGGUGUUGUGGUGGAAACAGCACUUUACCCGAUUGAUACUAUAAAAACCAGGCUUCAGGCCGCUCGAGGUGGAAGCCGGAUUGAAUGGAAAGGCUUGUAUUCUGGAUUAGCUGGAAAUCUCACUGGCGUCCUUCCGGCCUCUGCGAUAUUUGUCGGGGUGUAUGAGCCAACUAAAAGAAAAUUACUGGAAACCCUUCCUGAAAAUCUGAGUGCAGUUGCCCAUUUUACUGCAGGGGCCAUUGGAGGUAUUGCUGCUUCCCUCGUCCGUGUCCCUACAGAGGUGGUCAAACAAAGGAUGCAAACUGGUCAAUUCAAGUCUGCACCUGAUGCUGUUCGUCUCAUUGUUGCUAAAGAAGGAUUUAAAGGACUGUACGCUGGUUAUGGUUCCUUUCUACUUCGAGAUCUACCAUUUGAUGCCAUCCAGUUCUGCAUUUAUGAGCAACUUCGAAUUGGCUACAAACUUGUGGCGAAAAGGGAGUUGAAUGAUCCAGAGAAUGCACUUAUCGGUGCUUUUGCUGGCGCCAUCACUGGAGCUAUAACAACUCCCCUUGAUGUCAUGAAGACAAGAUUGAUGGUUCAGGGACAAGGGAACCAAUACACUGGAAUUGUAAGCUGUGCUCAGACAAUCCUCAGAGAGGAAGGCCCUAAGGCAUUCUUGAAGGGCAUUGAGCCGCGAGUGCUGUGGAUUGGCAUCGGUGGGUCCAUCUUCUUUGGCAUGCUGGAGAAAACCAAGUCGAUGCUAGCCGAGAGGAGGAACCGCGAGCUUCGGGCCGUCAAGGACGAAUGAGUGGAGAUCAGCUCUUUUUUGGCGUUGAGUCCUUACCCUGAAACAAAAUACACAUUUUUACUUGCCGGGGACAACCUCGCCGGCCCGUACUUGUACUCCACGGCGUUCACGUUAUCACGUACGUAGAAAUUAUGAGCAUGACUGACGGUUUCUACAGAUUGAAAACCAAAACUUAUUACAUGCGCUGGAAACCUGCCACUCACUGUUUACGUUGGGAGUUAAUAACACUAUGCAACAUUUAAAUGCUAUGGUAAGCCUCUAAAACCGCAAAAUAUUUUUUU